ACUGGGUGAAGGACAUGAGGCACGGUGAAGACAUCAAGGACGAGUAUGAGCAGCCUGCGUUUGCCCUGGUGAACAAGGCCACCGGUGAAGCCAUCCAGCAUUCCCUGGAAAAGGGCCACCCUGUUCGCCUUGCGGCAUACGACCCGGACUGCCCGGACGAGUCGGUGAUGUGGACGGAGAGCGAGGACGUCGGCGACGACUUCCAUUGCAUCCGCAUGGCGAGCAACAUCCAGCUCAACUUCGACGCCGUCCAUGGCGGCGAGGACGAGAGCGUGGUGCAGGACGGCACCACCAUCAUCCUGUUUGACUGGGUCGAGGGAGACAACCAGCGCUGGAAGAUCGUUCCCUGGUAGAGCCAGAGCCAUGCAGUGUUCUGCAGGCUGCUCGGCCGAAAAUAAACUGGUCGACGGCAACGCCGCCCAAGAUGUCGAUCAAGCCGGCCCGGCCGCCCUUUUUUUUUUGCCACUAUUUCACUCGUUAGUCCGACGGGCAUAACCAAUCUAAGCUAUUUUGUUUGGCAUGGAUCACUAGCUGGCGAGCUCGGCUCAAAAGAAGAAAAAGCUAGACCACAUCUGUGCUUAUUUGUAUCCUUUUAUUUCCCAUGAAUAAUUAUCGUGCUUUUUUAUUGGUGUCAGUGGUGGCAAAAUUAACACCACAUCGAUUCCGAUCACACCUAGUAUAUUUGCUGUGAAAUCAUCCGCACGUACGCUCUAUUUUCUGCCAGAUAUGGAAGCAUUUACGUCCAUUCCAAUCAGUUAUAUCUGCCGCUAGCAGCUUAAAGAUAAGGUAGAUUCAUUAGUCCGAUCUAAGCUAUUUUGUUUGGCAUGGAUCACUAGCUUGCGAGCUCGGCUCAAAAGAAGAAAAAACUAUACCUAGAUCCACGCGUGUGUGUGUUGCUUAUUUGUAUCCUUUUAUUUCCAACGAAUAAUUAUUGUCUAUUUUUC